GUGAAAAAGGUUCAUUCCUGGGCCAGCAACUGUCUAGUAAUGAUUUCUGGAAGAAACAUAUUUUUGGAUGGAUUAUAAACCUUUCUAUAUAUUUUCAGCGUCCGGCAGCCGGAUUGUGUUGCCUGGGUUAGUGAGGGCUGACUCUGCUGCAGCGUUACUGUCGGAUGAAUGAACAGCGCGCUUGCACUCACAGCUGGUGCGCCAGCAGAGCGAGUCUUUACGCGCAAGGCAUCAUUGGCCGAGAACCCACGCGUGUCACAGAGAAGACGACGAACCAGUUAACAGCUUCAAACGAAGCAGUAAACUAGUGUCAGUGGGUCCCUUGCCUCGGCCAGUUGGUCUCACCGGCAGUUCCUCGAUCCGCGGACUGACUGGCCCGUUCUGUCCCGACUGGAGCUGUCCACGGCGCUGAACCAUGAACCAAAGCGCAGGAGCAGCGCAGCACAGUCGGCGGUACUCAGCCGACGGGAAGGACAUAGGACCUAUUGGACCAGAUAAAAACUGGAAGGGCAUUGGCAUCUCCCUGCUGGUUAUUGUGGUGGUGCUGUCACUCAUAGGACUGUCCAUUGUUCUGCUAUCAAAAGAUGAUGGUGGUAAACCCUUUGGUUCACAGUUGACACUGGAUGACCUCUGUCAAAGAAACUUCCAAAUACAUGAUCCUGAUGCAAAGUGGGUCAGCGAUGAGGAAAUCAUCUUUCGGAGCUGGGAUGGAGACAUUUUGAAAGUCAACACACACAGCAAUGAGACAGAACUCCUGCUGAAAAACACAACAUUUGCAACUUUUAAGGCCUCAAAGUUUGCAGUUUCUCCAGAUCUGAACUUUGUUCUUCUGGGAUAUGAUGUCAAGCAGGUCUACCAGCACUCUUUCUUGGCAUCAUACCUGAUCUACAACCUGUAUACAAGAGAGGUGCGGGAGCUGAAUCCUCCAGAGGUGUCAGAUUCAGUUCUCCAGUUUGCCUCAUGGGGCGUUCAUGGCCAGCAGCUGAUAUAUAUAUUUGAAAACAACAUUUAUUACCAAACGGAUGUUCAGAGCAGCUCGUGGAGGCUCACGUCUUCUGGACAGGAGGGGAUCAUCUUCAACGGCAUCACUGACUGGCUGUAUGAGGAGGAGGUGUUGCACACACAGGCAGCCCACUGGUGGUCACCUGAUGGCUCCAGACUGGCCUACCUCACCAUCAACGAUUCCCUGGUUCCUAACAUGCUCCUGCCCCGCUUCACAGGCGCUCUCUACCCCAGGGGGAAGGAGUACCCUUAUCCCAAGAUGGGACAAAUCAAUCCCACCAUCACACUCUAUGUCGUCAGUCUAGAUGGCAGCUCCCUAACAACUGAACUGAGACCUCCUCACAGUUUUCAAAAGAGUGAGUACUACAUCACCAUGGUGAAAUGGGUGAACCAGGAGAGGCUGUGUGUGCGUUGGGUGAAUCGAGCUCAAAACAUGUCACUUCUUUCACUGUGUGAUGUCACAACAGGUGAUUGCACAAAGAAGCACGUGAUGACAUCAGAGAAGUGGCUUGAUCGUCAGAAUGAGGAGCCAGUAUUUUCCAAGGAUUGCACAACAUUUUUUAUCACUAUGCCCUUAAAACACAGCAGCCAUGGGACAUUCAACCAUAUCACCAUGGUCUCCAACCAAUCUGAGGGUCAAGAGGUCAACUUCCGCCACCUGACCUCAGGAAGCUGGGAAGUCUCUCAAAUUCUGGCCUAUGAUGAGAGCACAGACUCAAUUUAUUUCCUAAGUACAGAAGAAGGCUCAACACAACGGCAAUUGUACAGAGUCUCCACUGUGGAUCCAUUUCAUAAAGAAUGCCUCACCUGCUCUCUCUUCAAAUCAAAGUGCACCUACUACGACGCUAUCCUCAGCCCAAACUAUCAACAUGUUCUUCUCAACUGCAGAGGUCCUGGAAUACCCCAAACUACUCUUCACAAACUAAGUGAUAUGAACAAGCACACGACUCUGGAAAGGAACACAGUAUUAAGACAUGCACUGAUAAACAGGACAAUACCCAAGUGGGAAAGAAGAACUGUACAAAUCAACAACAUUGCACUUCGUCUGGAGUUAAUUGUCCCAGUAGAUUUGGAUGAAACGAAGGAGCACCCACUUCUGCUGAUUCUUGGCAGCGCCCCUGGUGGCCAGGCUGUGAGUGACCGCUUCUCUCUCAGCUGGGACUCUGUGCUGGUCAGCUCAGACGGCGUCAUCGUGGCUCGUCUGGACGGCCGGGGCAGCGGCUUCCAGGGUCAGAGGAUCCUGCACGAGGUUCACCAGAGACUGGGAACCGUUGAUGUUCAGGACCAGAUCGCAGCUCUGGAGCACUUGGUCAGGCUACCCUAUAUCGAUGGCAACAAAGUUGGAGUUUAUGGAAAGGAGUAUGGAGGAUUUCUUUCCUCUCUGCUGCUCCUCUCCCACAGCUCUAUGUUCCAAUGUGGCAUUGCUGUAGCUCCUAUAACAAACUGGAGACUCUAUGGGUCAGCCUCCACUGAGAAAUACUUUGGCUUCCCAGCAAACGAGGAUCACAAAUAUCAAGUAAAUAUUUCCAGUCUGCUCAGUGACAUCACAGCACAGAGUCCUCUGAACUUUCUUAUUAUCCACGGCACAGCAGAUGCCACUGUUCAUUUCCAGCAUUCUGCUGAGUUGGUCAAACUGCUGUCUGCAUCAAAUGUUAACUACACUCUCCAGAUUUUCCCAGAUGAAGGACACGAUAUUGCCUCCGCCAAGAGCCAACACUACAUGCUAAACUCAGUGCUCACCUUCUUCAAGCGCUGCUUUGAGGAGGAGCAGGUUGUUGUCCCGCAGACAUCUAAAGACGAUGACUAGCCUGCAGAGCCUCCUGCAGUGAGACAGUUUUGUGAAGAAUGACGAGUGUAGCGAGUGCUGUCAUGAGCCAACAAAGAGAGGCUGUAUUUUGCUGAAGGGCUGCUAUCUGUAAAAGCACUCCAAGAGUGUUACAGUGUUAAAACCUACAGACCUACAGCAUGUAAGAUACAUAGCAUUACAUUUGUUAGGACCAGAGUUGUGAUGAUUAAGUUGAAUUGAAAAGAUGGUUGUAUUGUCGCUGUAUUCUAAUUCUUCAGAUUAUAAUUAUUGUUUGUAAUGUUUGUUAUCAUACUGAGUAUAAAUGUCAGGGAAUUAAAGAAACUUGUAUUUUUCCAUUAGAGUAUACAUUUUGCUGUAAUCUACUGUGAACAUUUCUAUCUACUGCAAACAAAACAAUUUAACUUAAUACCAACAUUUGGAAGAUCAUAUCACAAAACUAUUUUUGCAGGUGCCUUUACCUCAUUACAGUGGUCACUAUUUUCCAACCUUAGAGCUAACACAGUGUUGAUAGACUUACCAUAAUGUCUAAUUAGAUAAUGAAGAUUAAAUGUCAGCACUGAGGAUCACCAGAGCAUCUGCAUCAUCACUUGACCGACCAGAAGACUAAAAACAAUUACCAUAUGGUGGUUUAAUCACAUUCAGGUAACCAUUAUGUGAAACGUUAGCCCCAUUCGGACUGGAUUUAUUUCUCUAGGGGAGGUGGAGUGAUUUAAACUUUACCUGAGCAGGUCAGUGAUUUAAAUCCUGUCUGUAGCGUAUAUGUGGACAAUUUCUCACCCCCAUCUUAGUAAUACCAGCUGCAGUUACCUGCUGUUUAUCUCGCUGGUCCUUCUGUAAUUUAAAGCGACGUCCUUGUUUUUCAUACUGGAUCUGAGUUUUUCCGCGGGAAGAGAUGCUUGUCCCUCGUUAUUUCUGAAUCAACUCUGUGAAAUUUGACUUUUGUGUAAAAAUUGAUUAAGUCAAAAUGAUUUUGCUAAUCUGAUAGAUGGAAACAUGCUAACACCAACAUAUAGGCCUAUUUGUGAACCAAUAUAACAGCAGAAAAAAUUAAAGCCAUCGGGAGAGCAAGACCCACAUAAAAGCUAAUCAGAUGUGCUAUUGUGAUGUCAGCUACAGGUAUUAUAUGGCCUAUAUUUGUUUACAUUUUGGCAAAUUGACACCAUUAAAGUAUGCCAAAUGAGCUUUUAGCAGUACCUGUUUGCAGUGUACUCAUGGGUAUAGGCUACAGACACCUCUAACUGAAUUACUUUGAUGCUGAAGAAAACUUAAAAAUGUGAUAAUUCUCAGGCAAGUUCUGAAGCGUCUUUUUUUCUAUGAUUUCUGAUCAGAAUUCUGGUCGUUUAUUUGCGAUGGAUACUGAGUUAUGAGUCCAAAUGAGUCAAUUUUUGACUCAAAUUCACGUCACGCAGUAUAAUUGCCCCUGUGGACGCUUUUGGCUUUCUCUUUUUGCUUUGUCCUGCUGAAUGUUCAUGUCUACAGACCACAUCCUGUAAUUUUAAUGAUUAAUGUUAAUCUGGCAGAAAUAUAUGCUGGAUUGAAUAAAAUUCAUAUUACAGAAUAUUAUACUUUUAUUGAUCAGAAAAGUUAUUAUAUCAUUGAUUUCAGAGCAAUACGAUGAUACAUGUAGUCUUUUAUCUAGACUGUGAAGAAACUACAUUGCAGUAAUACUGAUUGGUAUCAUGUGAUACCUUUCAUGAUCAAGUCCACUCAGUACACAAUACAAUGGUAUUGGAUGUAGCAUACUAGAUUAUUCUCUGACCAUGAUCAUGUGCUGCUUACACUUAUGCACUGCAACUGAUUGUGUCAUAUAUACUGUGCAUUAUAGUUAUUAUGUUGACAGUAGACAUUUGUAUACUUGGGAAAAUGUUUAUGCUGAAAUAAAUUGUUAAACAAGA